AUGGGGGCUCGGGCGGGGAGCGCGCGGCGGUCCCGCAGGGAGCAGGCCCGGCUGAGGGCUGGCCUGGUGGAGGAGGACACCGAGCCGUGGCAGAAGGACCCGCAGUUCUCCGGGCUGCGCCGGGUGGGAGGUGUGGAUUUGUCCUACAUCAAGGGGGACGAGAGCCGUGCCUGCGCCUCCCUGGUCGUGCUCAGCUACCCGGCUCUCGAGGUGCUGUACCAGGAUUGCCGCAUGGUGCCCGUCACCGCCCCGUACGUGGCCGGGUUCUUGGCCUUCCGAGAGGCCCCUGUGCUGGUGGAAGCUGUGCAGAGACUUCAGCAGGAGGAGCCCCAGCUCCAGCCUCAGGUGCUUCUCGUAGAUGGGAAUGGCCUGCUCCAUCCCAGAGGAUUUGGCAUAGCCUGUCACCUCGGAGUCCUGACAGACCUGCCAUGCAUCGGUGUGGCCAAGAACCUCCUGCACGUGGAUGGCUUGGCCAGGGAUGAGCUGCACAGGGAGCAGGUUCGUUCCCUGCAGAGGUCAGGAGAGGCAUUCCCACUGACAGGCACCUCGGGGAAGGUCCUGGGCAUGGUGCUGCGGAGCUGCAGCAACAGCUCCAAGCCCCUGUACGUGUCCGUGGGCCACCGGGUGAGCCUGGGCACGGCCGUGCGCCUGGUCAGGGCCUGCUGCCGCUUCCGCGUCCCGGAGCCCAUCCGGCAGGCUGACAUCAGGUCCAGGGAGUACCUUCGGAAGCAGCCCUGUGCUCCAGUGGAGGUGCUGGAGACUGUCCCUGCCAGCCCAGAGAGGUGUGACCUGAGAAAUACCUGCAGGGAGCUGGUUUUGGCCCCCAGGUCCUGGGGAGGGUCAGAGUCCCCCACUCUUACAUAAGCAGCAAAAAAGAGGCUGGAUCGGAGGAUUAGUCUGGUGCCAGAAGAAAGUGCAGAGCUUCUCCUCGCUGGGUCCUCUCCUGCACCAAGGCUGAGUCCUGCUGGAUGCAGGAGCCCAGUGCCACCCCGAGGGACAGCUGUGCCAGGCUGUGUCCCACAGGACAGCACCAGCCACUGCUCAGGGAGAGUCCAUGCAGUGAAUUUCUCAGGGUUCUUUUUCAAGUACUGUUAAAAUCUUUGUGUAAGCAAAGGCUGACGUGUAAGUGUGCAACACCUCACCGGAGUCCUUGUGCAGCUGCAGGGGCUGAUUUACAGAGAUGCUGAGGCAUUGCCACUGCAGAGCCAGCCUGUGACUCCCACCACACCUCUGUGGCACAGAGCCCUCCCUUCCCACUGUUUCUGGAGCAGCUUCCCCCUGUCCCUACAGCCUGGGCUCUCCCGUUCCCCUGCACAUCUCUGGGAGCAGCAGUCCCGCUGCCCAGCUCUUCUGGAAGAAGGAUCAUCUAAGGAAAAGGAUGGGAGGAACCAUCUCCCUCCCAGGAGCAUGGGGACGUCAUUCCUGGCACACAGAGCGCUCCAGGUGCCCAGAUCCCAGGCUGGAGAUCUGGCCCAGCCCCAGCUCGGCCUGAGGAGCCCAAAUCAUCCUCAACCUUCAUCCAGCCUGCAGGACCAAAGCUUCUCCCAAGGUUUGGGAUCCUGGAUGAGGUUGGCAGGUGGUUCCUGACUGUUCCUGAAGAGCAGCAGGAGCAGAACGUGCUCUGGGAGAUCUUGGUGUGGCUGUGUAAGGUUCCAGCCUGAAGAGGAAGAAGGAUGCUUUCCUGGGGGUGGGGAGGGGUGAUCAGGUCAGGCCCCCAUGGUUGUUUAACCUCAAUUUUGCAUACAUUUUAUUGUACAGCUUUUGUUCUUUUCUGCUCUGGGUGGGAAGGAGAAAACCCAGCCUGUUGUGCCUCUGUUGUGUUGGGGUCUGAGCUGUCCCUCCUGAACCUGCUGGGAAAAGGAGGAAGUGACAAAUUCUGCUCCCCUGGGCAGUUCUGGGGCUGGUCCUGACAGUGCUGGAGAAGGGGACAGGCACUGACAGGUCCUAAAGGGCAAAACUGCAGCUCCCAGGCCCCAUGCAGGAGCUGCUCUCCUGGGAACCCUCGGAGCUGCUUCACACCAGGGUUUGUCUGUGGGUGGACAGAGCCUGCAAGGGAAAACCACAGUGGAAGCUGCUCCUUUGAUCCUGAGCAGAUCCUGAGGGCUGCUGCCAGGCCAGGGGCAGAGGGAGCACUGGGCUGGUGCCUGGCACUGGCUGUGGCAGGGGACAGGGGACACGGGGACAGCCGUGUCCCCUCCCUGCACAGACACAGCCUCCUGUGCCAGGCUUGUCCUGCCCCGAGGGAGCAGGGACAGCCACAGCCAGCAGGGAUCAGUUCAUUCCUCAUUCCAGCCCCACACAAACCAGUGACUUCUCUGACCAUGGGGAGUGUCCUAAAGCCUGUCACAAAUUCAGGCACGAGUGACAGCGUGGGCAGGGGACAGCUCUUUCCUGCACCUCAUGGCCAGAACACCAUGGAAAUCCAUCUGGCUUUUCUGCUUACUUUGGCCUGUGCUAGGAGGUCACAGGGUCAUCCCUGGCUCCUCUCAAAUUCUGGGUGACACCACUCCCACUGCAGAGUCAGCCCAGGUGUGCUGAGUGAGGCUCCUCAUUGGGUUCAGCUGUGCUGGAGGAGCCUCUGUGGGGAGCAGGGGAACCUUCAGUGUGUGGGACUGUGACUUCUCCUGCCCCAGUGAGUGGCUGGCUUUACUCUCAUGUUGACUGUCUGUGGGUUUAGUCCCUGAUUUGUUGGUGAUUUUGGGGUCUUUUUGUGCUUCUGGUUGGUAUUUGACAAUAAGAGAUUUGGGCUGGGCUGGUCAGGAGAGGCUCUGCAGCUAAAGCUGUGAUUUGGGUGGAAGCUAGGGGAAUUGAGCCCAGCUCAGACAGGAAUAUGAGGCUGGGGCUCUUCAGGGGCUGUUGCUGGGUGCUCCUGCUGGGAUCUGGGUGUUUUGAUCCUCAGAGGGUCUGUGUGAUCAGCUGGGAGGGAUCCAGGGCUGGGGACACUGCUGUCCUUGGCUGGCCUGAGCACCCCCAGCUGCCUCUGCCUGGGGGAUGAGGGAAAAUCGGGUGGGGAAGAAAAAAAGAAAACAACAUAAAAAAUGGCUCUGCAUCACUUCCCCAGCUUCCCUCUGCGUGAGGCUCUGAACUCCUGUCCUUCCAAGUGCAGGUAAACUCAGAUGACUCUGGAUGAGGUCACCUGGGGAGACCUUAGGAGGGGGAUGGUGCUGCAGUGUCCUGGCAGCCCCCGGGCAGCCCUGCUGGAGCCGGGGCUCUGUGCUGCUGCCUUUGGGCUUUGCCUGUGCCUGGGAUGCUCUUCCAGCUGCCCACAUGCGAGUGCCUAAAGGAAGGGACUAAUCUCUGUGUUUGGUGUCUGCUUGUGGCUCUUUGGACACAAUAAGGGAUUAACUUGGUCUUUAUCUAAUUGGUUUAUAACCUUGGGAAGGGAAAAUCGCUUUGUAAUGCUUGAAGCCUCUUAACAGAAACUCAGAGACUGGAGCUUGAGUGUCCUUCGAAAUAAACUCAUACAUGGCUUGUCUUUUUUAACUCUC